UCGCCUUUCACCUCAUCCUCCGAUCCCCACACGCAGAUAGCACCAAAGCACCAACCAUUGUCGAUCACCAGGACGCGAUCGAUUGUUCGCACAGUCGCAAGAACAGAAGAUGAGGCUGGCAAGAAUCGCCAUGGCGAUGGAGGACGGCGGCGGAGCGUCGUCGUCGGUGGCGCCCGCGGCCAUGGCGGCUGACUACGGGCGCCACUUCCAGCCGCCGCCGUUCUGGUCGACGCCGACGCCGUACCUCUUCAUCGGCUUCGCGGUGGUGAUGGCGCUCAUCGCCGUGGCGCUGGCCGUGCUCCUCUGCAGCAGCCGCAAGGAGGCGGACGAGGCCGGUCGCGGCGCCGAGGGGGAGGUCAUGGCCGCGCGCGUGCUGGCGCCGCUCGGCAGGGAGGACGCGGCGGCGCCCAAGGUGCUCGUCGUCAUGGCCGGCCACAGCGCGCCGUCGUUCCUCGCCAGCGCCGCUCCGUUCGCGAGCUUUGCCGCAGCCGGUGACGACGACGCCAAGCCGCCGCACGGCGCCGGCGCCGGCGGCAAGGACGACGCCGCCGUCGUGUAGGCGCUUCCCCUGCCGCUCGAUCGCGCCCAACUGGCCGAAAGAGAACGAUCGCGCGCCGGCACGCGCUAAGAUUGAUCUUGCUGGAUCGAAGAAGCAAUUUUGUUCAUCGCGACUUAAUUUCUUUUUUUUUCGCUUUUUCUGGGUAUAGUUAGUUUACUUUUGUGACCUGCAGUGCUGUCUGCACGUAAUGAUUAGGUACGGUGUGCUGUGCAGAGCUGAAGAUCAAAAAAUUUGCAAGCUACAUCCGGCUGCAUCGAUCAUUUCCUGUUUCUUAUCUCAUAUAAUCAAGGAGGUUUUCGAGGUUGCGAAACC